AUGGACGUGGGCGCCGACCAGUUCGAGCAGAGCCUCCCUCUGCUGCAGGAGCUGGUCCUGGGCGCGGACUUCGUGGGUCUGGACAUAGAGUUCACCGGCCUUCGCACUAACCUGUCCGGGUCCCAGCAGAUCAGCCUUUUUGACUUGCCAUCGGAGUGGUAUCUGAAGACCCGUCGGAGUGUUCAGCAGUUUACCAUCUGUCAGAUUGGACUGUCUGUGUUUUCCAGCGUUGAAGGAGAGUCAAACAAGUACAUAGCCCAUUCGUGUAACUUCUUCCUCUUCCCUACAACGUUUGGGAUGUUGGACUCAGAAUUCUCUUUCCAGGCUUCUAGUGUUCAGUUUUUGAAUCAGUAUGGCUUCGACUACAACAAGUUUCUCAAAAAUGGAAUCCCGUAUAUGAAUGAAGAGCAGGAGAAGAGAAUCAAACACAACGUCCUGAAUGGGAAUUGGCGAGUUCGCAGUUCGCUGGAUAAAGACCAAAUGAAGCUGGUGAUUAAUGAGGUGACACAGUGGCUGAACCUGGCAGAGGAAGGCGACUGGAUGACUCUCCCUGGUAUUGCUGGCUUCCAGGCCUUCGAGGUCCAGCUGGUGCUGAGGCAGGCCCUCCCUAACAUCUGGACGGUACUGAGAGACCAGGGGGUGAUGGUGAAGAAGGUGAGCAGACAGCAUCGCUGGUACCUCGAGGAGAACUCUUGUGAUAGGGAGAGCUGCUGGAAGGAGAAGAUUCUUCUCUCUGCGCGGGGGUUUUCUGUGUUUUUCCAGAUGCUGGUGAAAGCCCAGAAGCCCUUAGUGGGACAUAACAUGAUGAUGGACCUGCUGCACCUGCACGAGAAGUUCUUCAGACCUCUCCCAGAAAGCUACAGUCAGUUUAAGCUGAACAUCCACAACCUCUUCCCUGUCCUCAUAGACACCAAGAGUGUGAUCAAGGACACGUGGAAGGAACUGAAUUUCCCAAGGGUUUCAAAUCUCUCCGAAGCUUACGAAGUCUUGAACAGCGACUUGAAUCCCACCAAGAGCUCGGGGCCAGUGAUUACUCACGCGAGCAAGUGCGAGAAAUACGUGGAGACAAAGUACCCCCACGAAGCAGCAUACGACGCCUUCCUCUGCGGGUCAGUUCUUCUGAAGGUGGCGCACUUGCUCCUAUGGAGAGUGCACGGUGCUGGCUGCAUACCUGAGCCCUCCUUCCCGCUGCACCUCGGCGUGCUGGCUCCCUACGUGAACCAGGUGAAUCUGAUCCGAGCCGGGGUCCCUAAGAUCAACUUUUCUGGUCCAGAUUACCCCAGUAUCCGGCCCCCCAUCCUCAUCCUCAGUGUCAGGAGGUGGCCUGGGGUCAGUGAGCAGCAAGUCUAUCGUGAGUUCCACAGUCUCUGCAAAUUCGAUGUCCGGCGACUCACGCGGAACCAGUUCCUGCUCUUGACCAAUAAGUUCAAGGACGCGCGGAGCAUCCUGAAGGAGUACAGGGGCCACCCCACCCUGCGGGUCUCCCUCUAUCGGUACUGGCGACACUCUCCGGAUGUCACCUGCUUGUUACAAGUCUGUGGCAUCGUUUCCACCUGGGCCCUUGUCGCGUUUCUCCUGGGACGACCUAGCGCCUGA